UGGCAACGCCGAAAACCCGAAAUUGUUGUCGAUAUUUCAGUUAUCGAAUAAACCGUGUUUCACAUGGACAUGGUUUAAAGUAGAGAAAUUUAAAGUACGAUAAAUAGUUGAUCAGGCCUUUCAUCUAAAAUAUGAAAACCAUUGAUAUAUAUGUAGUGCAAUAUUGUAAACGCCAGUAAGCUAGUAAGCUCUGCACAUGUGAUUGAUGUUACUUCCAUUAAAAAUGUGUGAAUAUUGUGACGAACAAACUUUUUCAGAAGUCAUGGUGAAAGAAAUGAGGAAUGGCUUAUACCAUAUUGAUUUGCAUUUAAAUCCUCCUGAUGAAGAAAUCGGUAUCUUUAGAGAGAUAAUUCAACUCCCCGGGUCUCACUCAGAUCGCAGUUAUAAAAUCAUUUAUAAUGAUGAAUGUUAUUUUUACAGAGACUGUAAUGCUGCAUUCAUGCUUACUGUCGAAGAAAUGCCCUCCAUCAGUGGUUCUGAAAUGAGCACAGUUAACUCAAGUUUAAUUGAUGAUCAAGAAAAAUCACAAACUAAAAGCCAAAAGUUUGGUGAAACGUCCUUUCUCUCAGAAGAUCUGGAAGCCAAACCAGUCCAAGUGUGGAUUAAAACUAAUUAUGAGAAAGCUGCAAGUUCGAAAUCUUUAAUGUUACCAAUGGUGAAGUAUGGAUCAAACAAAUGGAGAAUGGAAGUAACAAAUCCAAGAGAUCCAGAUAAUCGCUACUAUUCCAUUUAUCCUUGUUCAAUAACCAUUUUGAUAGAUCUUGGAACUCCGGUAAGAGAAAGGAAUGUGAUCAUGAUGUCGGAUGGGCUGGCUGAAAUGUUUUACAACCAACAUUUAUGUGACGUGCACUUCGACUUUAAAGACAGCCAGACUGUUGGUGCUCACGUUGUUAUUCUAUCGGCCGGCAGCCCAGUAUUCUCCGCUAUGUUUCGAUCUGAGUUUCUGAAAUCAAAAACCAAAAAAGUGACCAUCACUGACAUUGACAUUGAAGUGUUCCGGCAGCUCCUCAUCUACCUGUACACGGGCAGCGCCCCUAAACUGGCCGAGGAAAACAUGACGCAGUUGCUCUUCGAAGCGGCGGACAAAUACAACAUCGACAACCUCAAAACCGAAUGCACCGAUGCUUUGCUGAAACGUGUGAAUCUCGACAAUGCCAUCCGUUUACUGGUUUGGUCUCAUAUCCACUCAGUAGCAAAGCUUAAGGAAGCAACCUUGAAGUUUUUGGCUGCCAACAGUCUUCGAAUUUUCUCUCAGCCGGAAUGGAUGGAUUUGAUUAAAAACUACCCGGAAUUGUGCCUACUGGCUACGCAGCACAUGUCAAAACUGCUAAACAUAACCAACAAAACUGCUAAAUCGACUUAAUUUCAUUUUCCCUUUCGGAUUCCAUGUGAGAAACACGUAAAAUUUGUGUUACCCCCCUUUACUUAUGUUAACUUCUCAUUCGCGGUCAACCAUUUCAUUUAGUGUACUUGUUGUAAAUGUUUUACGCAGAAAAUAGAAUGUAGAGGUAUAUGUAAUUGUAAACUCCUACGUCAUUUUACUAUUGCAUAGAAUAGCUUUGUCAAGUGCUAAAUUAUUUUCACGGAUUGGAUUGGUAUGAAGCUAUUUCUAACCUUCCAUGUACCAAAAGUGUCUUAUUUACACAAGAGUUGCAUCAAUUUAUUUGCAGAUAUGGGAGAUUAAUUAUCAUGUAUCGUUUAAAAGUACUGCAUUCACGAAAACGGCUUAAAUCCGGAAUAGGUUUACCGAACGCGAGAAAUGAAAAGAAAAUGGACAAACUAGAAAUUUCCCAUCACUCUGCUUUUACUAAAAUGGAACCAAAUGGAACUGUAAAUUGUAAUUUUAAUGAAUCUAAUCUAUCCCUGCGCUUGUGCCGUUGCGGCAACGUCGCAAGUGGCAACGCUGGAAUUGUCGACGAUUCUCCGCGAAAAAAAAAAAACCAUCACAACAGUUUCCGUGGUUUUGCAGUACAAGUUCUCUUAGUCUUUACAUGUGUUGUACAAUUAUUCUGUUACAUUGCUACCAAUAAAAUGGACGAAUCCUCUGACAAAGAAAAUUUUACACCAGAAGUCAUAGUGAAAGAAAUAAGGAAUGGAUUGUACCAUAUUGAUUUGGAUUUCCGAUUACGUCCUCGAGAAAUUGGGGUCUUCGAAAAGAUAAUUCAACUCUAUGGGGCCCACUCAAAUUGCAGUUACACAAUCGUUUAUGAUGACAGAAGUUUUAAAGACGAAGAAGGUUUUUGUUCUGGAUUCAUCUUUAUUGUCAAAGAGAUGCCAUGUGAUGACCCUUCCUUCACUGGUACAGAAAUGAAAACAGUGAAUUUGUGUUUAAUUAAUGAUCAAGAACAACCACAAACAAAACGCCAAAAGUUGUGUGAAACUUCCAUUGUCUCAAAAGAACUGGAAGCCAAACCGUCAUGUUCAACCAAUGUGUGGAUCAAAACUAAUUAUAAAGAUGCUGAAAGCUCUGAAUCAUCUAUGUUACCAAUGGUGAAGUUUGGUUCUAACAAAUGGAAAAUGGUAGUAAAGAAUCCCAGAAAUCCGAGGAACAAUUGCUACAGGUAUCGUUAUUCAGUAACCAUUUUUAUAGAUCUUGGAACUCCCAUAAGAGAAAGGAAUCUGAUCAUUUUUUCGAAUGGGCUGACCGAAAUGUUUUACAACCAACAUUUAUGUGACGUGCACUUCGACUUUAAAGACAGCCAGACUGUUGGUGCCCACGUUGUUAUUCUAUCGGCCGGCAGCCCAGUUUUCUUUGCUAUGUUUCGCUCUGAGUUUGUGGAAGCAAAAACGAAAAAAGUGAUCAUCACUGACAUUGACAUUGAAGUGUUCCGGCAGCUCCUCAUCUACCUGUACACGGGCAGCGCCCCUAAACUGGCCCAGGAAAACAUGACGCAGUUGCUCUUCGAAGCGGCGGACAAAUACAUCAUCAACAAUCUCAAAACCGAAUGCACCGAUGCUUUGCUGAAGCGUGUGAAUCUCGACAAUGCCAUCCGUUUACUGGUUUGGUCUCAUUUCCACUCAGUAGGAAACCUUAAAGAAGCAACCUUGAAGUUUUUGGCUGCCAACAGUCUUCGAAUUUUCUCUCAGCCGGAAUGGAUGGAUUUGAUUAAAAACUACCCGGAAUUGUGCCUACUGGCUACGCAGCACAUGUCAAAACUGCUAAACAAAACUAACAAAACUGCUAAUAAUUAUUAUGAUUACCUGUUUUAAGAACGGGAGUAUUAACGUUCACUUUUACAAGCGUGCAUUACAUGCUAAAUCGACUUAAUUUCAUUUUUCCUUUCGAAUUCCAUGUGAGAAACACGUAAAAUGUUUGUGUUACCCCUUAACAUAUGUUAACUUCUCAUUCGCGGUCAACCAUUUCUUUUAGUGUAUUUGUUUUAAAUGUUUAACGCAGAAAAUAGAAUGUAGAGGUUUAUGUAA